UCAAGCACAGCCUCAUGAAGGCGGAGGACGACUGCAGGGUGGAGCGCAGACACACGCUGAAGCUCCGCCACGCCAUGGAGCAGCGGCCCAGCCAGGAGCUGCUGUGGGAGCUGCAGCAGGAGAAGGCCUUGCUGCAUGCGCGCGUGCAGGAGCUGGAGGCCGCCGCGCAGGAAGGAACGCCGGACAAGAGCAGCCCAUACAUCCAGGUGCUGGAGGCGGACUGGAGGCAGGCGCUGCGGGAGCACCAGGAGAAAACCAACACCAUCCUGUCCCUGCGCAAGGAUCUGCGACAGGGCGAGGCUCUGCGCGCCCGGGUACACAGCUGGGGCCGGCUGGUGCGUGGAGGAGAAGGAGGUGUUCGAGCUGCAGUGUCUGGCCCUACGGAAGGACUGCGAGAUGUACAAGGACCGCAUCGCGGCCGUCCUGCACCAGAUGGAAGAGGUCGCCUCCGAGAGGGACCAGGCCAUCGCCACGCGGGAGGAGCUGCACACACAGCACUCUCGGAGCCUGCAGGAGAAGGACGCGCUGCGAAAGCAGGUCCGCGAGCUGGCCGAGAAGGCCGACGAGUUGCAGCUACAGCUGUUCCAGUGCGAGGGCCAGCGGCUGGCCCUGGAGGGCAGGCUCAAGCGGCAGCAGCUGGAGACGCUCGUCCUGAGCUCUGACCUGGAGGACAGCUCACCCAGGAACUCCCAGGACGUGAGUGUGAACCUCAGGCUCUCGCUACCCCCGGACCUGGAGGCCACCCGGCUGUCAGACAAAGGUGGCCCUGCCAACAGGGACAGCCCACAGAAGCCCCCUGAGGCUCUGCAGGAGGAACCGCUUCCACUGAUCCCCAAGAACGCCGGCCUGAGCGGCGGCGAGCCCCCGGAGAAGGAGCGGCGGCGCCUCAAGGAGAGCUUCGAGAACUACCGCAGGAAGCGCGCCCUCAGAAAGCUGCAGCACGGCUCGAGGCAGGGGGAGGCGGACUGGGAGAACACCACGGGCAGCGACAACACCGACACGGAGGGCUCCUAGCCAGCCCGGCAUGCGAGGAGGACGGGGCGCCGAGCCCCAGGGGCGCAGGCACGCCGGAGCCCACGCACCGUGAUUUGCACAGGCGUGCUCUGUCUGUGCGACGCAGAUGCGUGCAGCAGUGUCAGAAAUGCAGUUUCAUAAAUAAAGGAC